AUGAAGACGGAAAAUUCCGCUGACCUUUUGCGGACGCAAGGUGCCCUGAACGCUGCCUGGGUCAAACUUACAGACGCAGAGCAUCAGUUAGAGACAAAUUUAAACACAAUGAUGAAAGAAUUGGAUCGUGCAUCAUACGUAAGAAUAAAAGACGAGCUUCAGAAAGCAGAACAACGCUGUAAAGAGCUGGAGAAGGAGAUAUCGUCACUAAAUCAAGUUAUUGAGGAUUCACAAGCAAAGAAAAACGCCCUGGCCAAAGAGACAGACAACGUUAUUUCUGAAAAAGCCACCGAGAUGGCUGCUUUGACGAAGAAACUUGAGGCAGCUACUCAAGAGGUUCGUGAUGCCAAAGCUGAAGUGGAAGCUAUCAAAGGCGAGUACAAAGAAAAAGAAUCUCGACUUGAAUUGAUGAAGAAGGAGUUUGGCGAAAAAGUGACAGAAUUGGAUAACACAAAGAAAGAUAUUUGUGAUAAAAUGGCUGCAUUGAACGACCUAAGAAAACAAGUUACAGAAAAGGAGACGGAACUGAAGAACAUUAAAGAGGAGAAUUUAAAGACGACAGCGGAAUUGAAGAAAGCCCUUGAAGAAGAGAUCGCAGUUUUGUCCAAGAAAGAAUGCGAACUUUUUCAGGCAAAUCGUUCUGUAGACUUGAACAAAGAAAGUGCUCAAGACAAGUUAGGAAUAGAAACAUCAGUGAGAAAGAUGCAGAAUUGGAGAGUGUCAAGAGUGAGAGCAGGAGAAAGAUAA